UGCGCCCCCCUCUCCACUUCCCAGCCUCUCGUUUUUAGAGCGAGAAAGAGAUCUAGGGAGAGAGGGGGAGAGCGAGCGAGCGAGCGAGGGGCGCAAUUCUCUUCAAACCCUAGGUUCGUCUUCUCCCAAUCUCAGAUCUCUAGCUCCGAUUCUCAAAUCCAGAUUUCGGACCCAAGACCGUAUUUCCUCGAAAUCACCGGUUGGGGCCAAAAGUUUGAAGACUAGGGUUUUGAUUCAUCAUCAUGCCUGCUGCUUCUUCGAAUGGGAGCGGGCCGAGGUACGCCCCUGAGGACCCCACGCUGCCGGCGCCCUGGAAGGGUUUGGUUGAUGGGAGCACUGGCUAUCUUUAUUACUGGAACCCUGUCACCAAUGUCACGCAGUACGAGAAGCCGGUCAAAGAUAAGAUUACGGGCCCGCCAGCUCCGGCGAAGCCGGCCUCGGUGUCGGUGAGCUCCUCGGUUCAUCGUGGGGAGUCUUACGAGGAGGAUGGACGAUCAAGAAGCAAUCAGUAUCAAGUUGGUCGACUUAGCGGCUCAUCCACGAGAGCUCAUGGAUCUUCAGAUGGUGGAGGCUUAUCCGCAGAAGCCUAUCGUCGCAAGCAUGAAAUAACAAUCAUUGGGGAUGAUGUUCCACCUCCAUACAUGACUUUUGAGCAGACCAGUUUUCCCUCAGAGAUUCUCAGAGAGGUACAGCGAGCAGGCUUCGCCUCUCCUACUCCAAUCCAGGCCCAGUCAUGGCCCAUUGCUUUGCAGAGUCGCGAUAUUGUGGCCGUUGCUAAAACUGGUUCAGGGAAAACAUUGGGGUACCUUCUUCCAGGCUUCAUUCAUCUUAAGCGCCUCAACAACAAUCCGAGGAUGGGCCCAACAGUUUUGGUACUGGCUCCAACAAGGGAGCUGGCUACGCAGAUACAAGAUGAAGCUGCGAAGUUCGGGAAGUCCUCUGGAAUUUCAUGCACGUGUGUAUAUGGAGGUGCUCCAAAGGGACCCCAGUUGAGAGACUUAGAUCGAGGGGUGGAUGUUGUAGUUGCAACCCCUGGAAGGUUGAAUGACAUUUUAGAGAUGAGGAGAGUAAACCUCCGGCAAGUUUCAUAUCUGGUUCUUGAUGAGGCUGAUCGUAUGCUGGACAUGGGAUUUGAGCCUCAGAUACGGAAAAUUGUUAAAGAGAUACCAGCUCGCCGUCAGACACUUAUGUACACUGCUACAUGGCCAAAAGAAGUUCGUAAAAUUGCUGCAGAUUUACUUGUUCAUCCUGCCCAAGUUAACAUUGGUAAUAUUGAUGAGCUUGUUGCCAAUAAAUCUAUCACCCAGUAUGUAGAAGUGAUAAAACCUAUUGAGAAACAAAGAAGGUUGGAACAGAUUCUACGAUCUCAAGAGCGAGGCUCCAAAGUCAUAAUAUUCUGCUCAACAAAGAGGAUGUGCGAUCAGUUAGCAAGGACUCUCACUCGUCAGUUUGGUGCUGCUGCUAUUCAUGGUGAUAAGAAUCAGACUGAGAGGGAUAGGGUUUUGGGUGAUUUUCGAACUGGAAAUUCUCCAAUUCUUGUAGCUACUGAUGUUGCUGCUCGAGGCUUGGACAUAAAGGAUAUCAGGGUUGUCAUCAACUAUGACUUCCCAACUGGUGUAGAGGACUAUGUUCAUCGAAUUGGGAGGACAGGUAGGGCAGGUGCCACUGGAGUGGCCUAUACAUUUUUCAGUGAUCAGGAUUCGAAGUAUGCUCGCGAGCUUGUCAAAGUUUUGGAAGGGGCAGAUCAACGAGUUCCUCCUGAGCUACGUGAAAUGGUAUCAUAUGGUGGGUAUGGUCGCUCCAACGGAACGGGUUAUGGUGAUUCAGGCUAUGGUGGGAGGGGUGGUGAUUCAGGCUAUGGUGGGAGGGGUGGACGUGGAGUGGCUUCUUCAGAGAGAUCAAAUGACGAUCAUGGUGUUUAUCGCAGUUGGCAUGAUUCUUUUACCGGCUAUGAUCGUGACCGUGACAAUAAAGAAAGAAUUCAUAUAGAUGAAAGAGCACAUCAAGAGUCCAAGCCCGUCUCUAGAGUCCGGAGCAAUAGCUGCAGCCCGAGUCCGAAAAGAGGACCUUCUGGGUGGGGCCGGAAUCAGAGCAGGAGCAGGAGCAGGAGCAGGAGUCGGAGCAGGAGCAUUGACCGGUAUGGAAAGCCAACAACAGAAAACAGACACUCACCCAUUCGUGAUCAACCUUCUCGUCGUUCACCUGCAUCGUAUGAUGAUGGAGAGAUCAGAGAUGAUCAACUUCAUCGCUCAGAAAUUCCAAGUGACGAUCCUGCCCCUUAUGUUGAUAACGAACGGCGAGAGGCUUCUCCUAGUCCUAUUAGUUGGCAUCAGAAAUUUCAGAAGCCUAGGCCAUCAAAUGAUGAACCUGUUCGACCACAGAGAUCAGCCACUGGUGGUGAUGAAGCAGAGGAAGGGAUGAUUAUGCCGGAAGAGGAAGAAGGAAUGAUACAUCCGGAUGAAUGAUUCCACCAAGUGGGAAUUAACCCAUCUUAGGUUACCGGCGUUUAUUUUGGAUAUGUGGUGUCACCUAGGCUCAUAGUAUGGGUCCAUUUUGUCAUCAGCAGUGGGUGCUGUUAUAUUUUGGAUGUAUGUAAUAUCACCUAGGCUCAUAGUAUGGGUCCCAUUUUGUUGACAGCAGUGGCUGCUGUUGGAAACAAUGCAACGUUUACUCUAGUUGUGUACUUACUGUACUUUGUGCUCAGCCUUUUGAUGAAGCCUUUGUUCCGAGGCUAGAAGAGGAAGCUUUGCUCUUAA